AUGACGAUAAUAACUAUGGAAUGCCAAAGUGAAGUGAGCAAGGCUCCUUUUUUGGCUAUUUGUGAUAUCCAGUCUGAUGCAGAAUCAGCCGUCCACACUAGGCCAACUCUGGACAUUGGGUUUACUACACCACAGAAAUCUUAUAGUGCACCUUUCUGUGGCUCAUAUUGUACUCCAGAGUGUGAUGAUGCCAUCAGACCAGCCAUAGGGAUGACUUUUGCUGAUUUGAACGCAGCCAAGGAGUUCUAUGAAGCUUAUGCACAUCAUGUUGGUUUUUCAGUACGUGUGGGGCAGCAAAAGACUGUCAAUGGUGUCGUUACUCACAAGUGUUUCUACUGUGACCGUGAAGGUUUCCGUGAAGAGCGGAAAGACAUUGGGCCUCCUGAGGAGCUAUACACAUGUCAGAAACUACAGCAGUCAACUUUCAGGUCUUAUUCCAGUUGGUCCCCAAAGCUCAAAGCUGACAAGGUGAGUAGUAACCUUUGUACUUAG